UCUGAGCUUCAUCUCCUCGGCUGGAAUCACACAAGAUGCAUCUGUAGAAUGAAAAUCACUCUAUUGGAUUUUCUGAGGAUUUUCCUUGCACCGGAUCUUAGGAAAGAUGCUGGAAACGGACUGUGAACGGAGAUGGGAUGAGAGCUGUUAAAUCAACAUGUUGAGGACAAACCGGACCUUAGUGAUGAGAAGUUAAGAAGCGGACACCCAUCGCCCGUCAUUCCAGCUGCGCGUUUCGAAGCUCUUCAUGUCGUGAAUAACUGACGCUCCGUUAGGACUCUCGUUUUUGGACGGUCUCGGUGUUGUUAUGUGGUCUAAUUGUGCGGUUAUGUAACUCUUAAGUGCUUUCCGUGGUAAGAAACACGAGUCUAUCGGUAUCGCUCAUGCUCCGGUGCAUGCCUGCACGAGAGACGCGUGCGCGCUCGCUCCCUCGCGCCGGUGGUCUGCACCGUGAAUCUGCACCGAAUCUGCACGAUCGUCACCGGACCCGCGUCCCUCGCUCUCCCGUGAGAUGGCCGCGGCGAUCGCCAGCUCGCUCAUCCGACAGAAACGGCAGGCGCGCGAGUCAAACAGCGAGCGAGCCGUGUCCGGUAAGCGCCGCUCCAGUCCCUGUAAAGAACCCUCCGGCCGAAGCUCCCUGUGCGAUCGGCACCUGUUCGGACUCUUCGGUAAAGUCCGGUUCUGCAGCGGGAAAAAACGACCCGUGCGCCGGAAACCAGAGCCUCAGUUGAAGGGGAUAGUGACCAGGCUCUUCAGCGAGCAGGGCUUCUACUUGCAGAUGCAGCCAGACGGAACCGUCAGCGGGUCCAAAGAUGAAAACAGCGACAACACUCUGUUUAACCUGAUCCCGGUGGGUUUGCGGGUCGUGGCGAUGCAGGGCGUGAAGGCCGGACUCUACGUGGCCAUGAAUGGAGAGGGUUUCCUUUACUCCUCGGAUAUGUUCACAGCGGAGUGUAAGUUUAAGGAGAGUGUGUUUGAGAAUUAUUAUGUGAUCUACUCAUCCACGGUGUAUCGCCAGCAUGAGAGCGGACGCGCCUGGUUCCUCGGACUCAAUAAAGAAGGAAUCAUCAUGAAGGGAAACCGGGUCAAGAAAACUAAACCGUGCUCACACUUCGUGCCCAGACCCAUUGAAGUGUGUAUGUAUAAGGAGCCGUCGCUGCUUGAUAUUGACGAGAAGCAGCGGUCCAGGAAAAACUCAGGAACUCCCACUAUGGGCACCAGGAAAGAGUUGAACCAGGACUCUACUGAUCAUGAAGGCUCAUAGCCACACACACACACACACACACUGACCUGUAUAUGUACACACACAUACACACACACACACGGUGACCCCUGGAGCUGAAUGCUUUCUUACACCCGAACAAACAACAGCAACUUCAGCAUCGACAAACAUCAACCGAAACAAACAUUAACAAAGUAACAUGAAAAAAAAAAGUAUUUAAAAAAAGCUGAAUUCUUGCCUGUGAAAAUAUUUUAGGAGUCUCUGAAAAUCACGACAUGAUUUUACAUUUUAUGCAAAGUCUGGCAAGAGUCUGUUGGCGUCACGUGCUCUUGGAGACGCGUGAGGGUGUUUUCUUUCAGGAGUCUGAGCUUUAAAGCCAUGUUCGAUGAUCACACGUUGAUUUAUGAAUGCCAAAAGCACUUUCACUCACCGCUAUACGUCGCUCACCUCAUUAAUCUUGAAUGUUCUCAUCGAUUGUGUCCUCCAAUCAUUGCUCUGUUUUUUUUAUUCUGGGGGAGGGGCUUGUGAAUACUGCUCUGUGAUUGGCUGGAGGGUUCAGGAAUUGCUCUGCUGAUAGGCUCUGACUGAAACGGAAGCAGAUCUGCUUCAUCUCAUUCCACUGUAUGAAUUGUCAUACAGUCUCCACUUCUGUAGCAUUUUACUUUAAAUCCCCUCUUAUAAUGUUACUCAACGUUCAACAAUGUCAUUUCCCACCGUCUCUGAAACAGGCUUGCUACUGUACCUUUAAGACUUGUAUAUGUAAAUGAACUGUUAUGAUUGGUGAGCAUCAGCAUACUGGUGCCGUUCAUUGGGGCGGGCCGCUGAAUAGGUGUUGAUGUGUAAAUGUGGAUGGUGAUAUGUUAAUGAGCUUAUGGUUAUGAUGUCAUAAUCAUGACGAUUUCUGAGCCAGUAAUGGCGUGGCGAAUGUUACAAACAUCCACAUCGAACUCUUUUAUUUGAAAAGAGCGAGGAAAAAACGUUUUCCCGUGGUGUUUUGAAUGUGCUCAAAAUCAAGCGGAGGGACAGUGAUGUCACAAUCUGAGAUUUUGCAUUCAGUAAACGGAAGCGUCUGCUCUCAUUUCACCAUACGCCUGUUUUAAACCGUUCUCUCUGAGAGAUCGGGGUUUUUUUAUCCUGCCAAAAGCACAGACUGCCCUCGGAGUAACUAAACUGGACUAAACCACUUAAAACCAGAGAAUAUACUGCCCCGGCUUUCUUUCACUCAGUG